CAAAUUAUUAAGCCCAAUAAAAGCAAAAAAUUUUAAUUAUUGAUUUUCAAUAAAAAAUCAUAGUCAAAUUUAUUAAUACUUCACAUGAAUAUAAUUUUUCAUACUUUUCAAAAAAAAACAUUCAAUUAUUUGAUUUUUUCAUAUUUUCUCUCUACACUCGCUUACUACCCCAUAGGCCAUUCCAACACGCCAUCUUGAUGAACAAAGCAACAACACGAGCAAGGUCGAUGAUGUUACGGUGAUAACAUACCCACCAACAAAUUGAAUUCUUGCAGAAGUAAUAAGGUUAAGCCGCAAUGCUUCCGCUGCGCAAGCUUCUUAGGCUAUCACCGACUGUCUUAGCCUUGCAUUAUCAGCAGUUGAUUCGUGCCCUUGAUUGCAGACUUUAUCACCAUGGCAUUUCAAAAGAUGAAAAUGUUGAUGACAGCGGCCAUAAGUUUCGCAACUCUUCAGAAAACGCUGAAUGCCAUUUCCAACUGCAUAAAAGCAGGGGUCAACAUCUUCUGACUAGUGCACGAGUUCUUGACUCAAUCGUAAAGAACUCUAACAUCAAAUCAACUGACACGGUUUUGGAAAUUGGCCCUGGUACCGGAAACCUUACUCUCAGGCUUCUAGAAGCUGCCACCAGCGUUGUUGCUGUUGAAAUCGAUUGGAGGAUGGCUGAAGCACUUGAAAAGCGAGUUGCUGAAUGUGGGUUUAAAGACCGUUUAACUCUAAUACGUAAUGAUGCAAUGAAGACCGAGUUUCCUCAUUUCGAUCUUGUAGUAGCAAAUAUACCUUACGGUAUAUCAUCACCCCUGAUUGCUAAAUUGUUGUUCAGAUGCUCAUCAUUCAGAAGUGCUACUCUUCUGCUUCAGAAAGAGUUUGCUCAUCGCUUAUUAGCUAAUCCAGGCGAUUCAGAAUUCAAUCGCUUGGCUGUGAAUGUGAAGCUGGUCGCUGACGUAGAACAUAUCAUGGAUGUAAGCAAACGCGACUUCUUUCCUGUUCCUAAAGUGGACUCGUCUGUUGUUCUAAUCAGACCGAAGAUGGACAUCCCGAAUGUUGAUCUAAAAGAAUGGUGUGCAUUUACUAGGACUUGUUUUAGUAAGAAGAACAAGACAUUAGGUGCAACAUUUAAGCAAAAGAAGAAGUUAGCUGAGCUUAUGAGAAUAUCUAGCAUGAUGGGUUCAACUAAUCUUACAUCUUUAGGAAUUGGAAUGUCAUUGUUCAAAGACAAGGUAGUUGAAAUUCUUAGAUCAAAUGGGUUUGAAGAUAAGAGACCAUCCAAGCUAUCUAUUGAGGAACUAUUGCAUUUGCUUUCGUUAUUAAAUCAACACAAGAUUUAUUUUCACGACAAGAAAGAAGAUGCGGACAAGGAUGAUCUAGAAACAAUCUCUUUGUUAUUACAGGAGUAAGGUUUCGUAUAUUUGACAUCCUCAAACCUUGUUUAGAUUAAAGUCACUUGACAAUGCGGCAAUGACAUGUUGUAAUAGCAAUUAGAGGAGACUUAAGUACUUAUUGCAAGUAUUAAUACCUUUAUUUAGUAACUACGGUUUAGAAAAUUUGAUUGAUUUUUGUAUUUAAUGAAAGCUAGGACUUAAAAAAGCAAUUAAAAUAUUUAAAUCAAUUCUGAAAUUAUAACUUAUCAAGUUUUUUUGUGCUUGACCACUAGAAUUCUCUUACUUUAGUGAUGAACAAUAUUAUUUAGUUUCAUCAAUGGAGAAUGAUUAUAACUAGAAUCAUUUUUAAAUUGUAGCUGUA